AUGGCUCAAGAAGAGAUGGAAGUUGAUCUCCAACCAGUGGCUGGUUACUCUGUAGAGAACCUCAGGAUACUUCCCACAGAGCCGUCUGGUCACACAGCGCUGUCCUCCCAUGCUGCAGUGCUUGAUGAUGGAGGAGGCAGUGUUACAGUUCUUCCUGCUGCUGAUGCUGUUGGCAUAAUAAAUGCUGGUACAAGGGAAGCAGCUGCUGAGCCUGACCUGCAGGUGGGUCCAGCCGGGGCUCUCAACAGACUGCAAAGGCUGCAAGGAGCUUUUGAUCCGUAUUGGCCAGUGCCUGUGCCACAGGUCACGCAGCGUCCACGAGUGAGGAGAGCUCGCAGGCAGCAGAGAGUUGGUGGCUCCCAGAGGACAAUCAGUGCCAGGGCAGCAUUGGACAGUUACUUUCAAGUCAGCAGGACCCAAGAGCCAGCUACAGGACCAGUUCCACAUCUGGAGCGCUUGCAUAUUGUGAGGGACAACCAGGAACACAGCUCAGAUGAAACAAUAGUAGUGAGCAGCUCUGACAGCAGCUCUUCUGCUGAGGAGGAGGAAGUGGUGGAGGCUGCAGCACUGCUGUUACCGUCGGCCCAGGAGACACCUCCAGCAGCUAGCUCGGGAGUUUCCAGUCAGGUCCAAGCAGAGCCACCUCAAGCUUUGUCUCAAGCUUCUGCAGAACAUGGAAGUCAAGAAGGUGAAGAGGCUGAAGUCCAGCAAAAACAGAGAACUCCACUAAAGAAACUGGAACUGUCAGUUCCUGUCGCGCCACCGGAUGAGGAGGAAGGGGAUACCUGUGCAAUCUGCUUUGAGCAGUGGACCAACGCUGGGGACCACCGUCUCUCAGCAUUGCGGUGUGGACACCUGUUUGGUUACACCUGCAUCGAGAGGUGGCUCAAGGGACAAGCAGGGAAGUGUCCCCAGUGCAAUAAGAAAGCAAAACGUUCUGACAUUGUGAUCCUGUAUGCUCGCACUCUGAAAGCACUGGAUACCAGUGAACAGGAGCACAUGAAAAGCUCUUUAGAAAAGGAGCAAAUGUUACGGAGACAGGCAGAGCUGGAAUCUGCACAGAGCCGUCUCCAGUUGCAGGUUUUGACAGAUGAAUGCAGCAAACUCCGCAAACAAGUUCAGGAGCUGAAGGCUCUGGUGGCCCAGCACAAUGUGAGUGCUUCUCAGCAACCUGGCAGCUCCCGCACCUAUCCCCCAGGCAGUCUCCCCUCCAGCCAAAGCCAGCGCAAGUACCACUUGGAAAAGGUUUUUGUGGUGUCUCAGACUGGGAACUGCAGAGUAAUGGCAUACUGUGACUCGCUGAGUUGUCUCGUAGUAUCACAGCCUUCUCCACAGUCUACUUUUAUUCCUGGUUGUGGUGUUAAGAUGAUGAGUGUGGCCAACCUGAAGAGCAGUCAGUACAUUCCCAUCCAUAGUAAACAGAUUCGGGGACUGGCUUUUGGCAGCCGAGCAGAUGGCUUGCUGCUCUCUGCUGCUCUGGACAACACUCUCAAACUUACCAGUUUGGCAACAAACACUGUGGUGCAGACAUACAAUGCUGGCCGUCCUGUCUGGAGCUGCUGCUGGUGCCUCGAUGAUGCAAACUACAUCUAUGCUGGAUUGGUCAAUGGCUCUAUCAUGAUAUAUGAUUUGAGAGACACCAACUCUCAUGUCCAGGAACUAGUCCCUCAGAAGUCCAGGUGCCCCAUGGUAUCACUGUCCUAUCUGCCCCGGAUGGCCUCAGCCUCACUGCCUCACGGUGGAAUAUUAGCUGGGACCUUGGAAGGAGCCUGUUUUUGGGAACAGAAAGCUGGCAACUCCUACCGGCCUCAUCACCUGCCACUGGAACCUGGAGGAUGCAUCGAUAUUCAAACGGAGAUCAGCACACGGCACUGCCUUGCGACAUACAGGCCUAGUAAAAAUAACCCAUGCGUGCGUUGUGUGAUGAUGGAACUGACUUGCAGCCCACCGACAGAGGCCUCAGAAGAUGUGGUGUGUUCUUCUAACCCGGUUCAGACUUUCAGUGCUGGGCCCACCUGCAAGUUGCUGACCAAGAACGCCAUUUUUCAGAGCCCAGAGGAGGAUGGCAGCAUCUUUGUGUGUGCCGGUGAUGAGGCAUCUAAUUCAGCCCUGCUCUGGGAUGCUGGCAGUGGCUCCUUGCUGCAGAAGCUGCAGGCUGACCUGCCUGUGCUGGAUAUUUGCCCCCUGGAAGUGAACCAAACCCACCUCCUGGCUACUCUGACUGAGAAGGCGGUGAAGAUCUACAGGUGGCAGUAAGAGUGGUCCCUACGCUUGCCUGAAGUCUUCCAAACGUGCUGCUGAUCAACCCUGCACAACUGCUUAGUCCCAGGCUCUGCUGUCCUGCACACGCUGCUUACAGGAGAUGGGAACCACUGCAGCACCUUUCUGGCAGUAGGCAGGAACUGCGAUGUGCUGGUGCCUGGAGCAAUUCCCUUCUUCCUUCAUCUUCCUUUUUAUGUCUACCCUUAUUUCUUCUUAGGUCAAUUUUCUUCAGUCAGACUCUGCAAGUUGCCUCAGCACAGCAGUAAUUCUUGGACUGUCUCCAGCAUGUGUUGCUGCACUCUUUUCCAGUGUGAAUACAGCACAGGGACUUGCAAAUCUCUUAGACAAAUCAACAAAAUAAGAAGAACUUGAAGACCUGAGACUCCCACCGCACUUUCUCAUGGAGUCCUGGUGUGAUUACUGGGUGAUAAAAAGGUGGCAAUAUUGGCAUCUUGCUAGCGUGGCCGAUACUCAGUGUAAAGGCAGGCUCACUGCUUUAGAGAACAUACCCUCGUGUUCUUUUGAAGGUCUAGGGUCAGUUGGCAGUUAUUGCCUGAUGAGGACAGACCCUGUUUUGUACUUGUGGAGAGCACAGGCUUGGAAAAUCUAUAUACUUUGCACUGUAGUUCAUUAAUCUCUGUUCCCAUUUCCUUCUCCUCUCUUUCCUGCUUCACUCACAAGCAAACUUGGACAGUUUGGUUGUGGAAGAUGAAACACUAGAAGUACAGGUAAAGAGGAGGAGAUGUACUAUUGGCUGCUGAAGGCCGUGGUGUCCUUAAAGACAGCAGUGUACUGAGACAGUACCUUGGAAAGGAAUGCUGGUUGCUGUUUUUUAGUUGGGUUUUUUUUGUUGUUGGUGGUUUUUGUUUUUUCCUCCCUUUGAGGAACUGGUGGAGACUCAGGGAUUUCAUCAGAUUGCUUUCACUGACCUUUUGCCUUCCUUAAAUCAUAGUUACCAGUUCACUGGCAGGUCACAGGCAGCUUCCGGUUGUAUUUGUGUGCAGGUGUGCUGCAGACUUGUUGGUUUACUUAAAUCUGAGCCCAUGGCAUGGGAUCACGGGCAGGGGAUAUGUUGCUGGCCAGGUACAGUGGGCUCUUGGCACCCUUAGCAUAAAUAUGCUGUGGCGUGUGAGAAUGUUUAUUUCCAGGUCAGAUCGUGGAAGAGGACUUAUGUUUCACUUUGUUUAACGAAAACAAACUUGCAAGGAUGUUGGAAGCUGCAAGACAAGUUCCCUGUGCUGGAAACUUACCCCUCAGCACACCUCUGCCUCUGGCUGUGGUAAGCAGCAUCUGUUCUGUUUGGAUUGUGUGUGCUGCCAUUUAAAUUGCCAGAACAGUUUUAUUUUAUGGUCUGAGGCUUGCACAGUGUGAUCCUGUUUGUCUUCCCUCUUAAACAGAGAUCUUCUCGAUCUCAUUUUUAACUUUUAUAUUUUUCUGUAUAGUAUUUUGUUCCUAUAUUUUUAUAUACUGUACAAAUAAAGUCUUCAU